CCUCCCCCGCUCCGCUCCGCUCCGCCCCGUCCCGUAGCUCUCGCGAUAGAAGGAGCAAUGGCGCGAUCGGGAGGCGGGAAUCUGCCGUGGGUGGAGAAGUAUCGGCCGCAGGCUCUGUCGGAACUGGUGUCCCAUCGCGAUAUCCUCAGUACCGUGCAGCGGUUCAUCAGCGAGGAUCGGCUCCCCCACCUCCUCCUCUAUGGCCCCCCCGGCACUGGGAAGACCUCUACAAUCCUGGCCUGUGCCCGGCAGCUCUACCGGGAGCGGGAAUUUGGCUCCAUGGUGCUGGAGCUCAACGCUUCCGAUGACCGAGGAAUCGACAUCGUCCGAGGGCCCAUCCUGAGCUUUGCCAGCACCAGGACCAUCUUCAAGAAAGGCUUCAAACUUGUCAUCCUGGAUGAAGCCGACGCCAUGACCCAGGAUGCUCAGAAUGCCCUGAGGCGAGUGAUCGAGAAGUUCACUGAAAACACCCGCUUCUGCCUCAUCUGCAACUACCUCUCCAAGAUCAUCCCUGCCCUGCAGUCCCGCUGCACCCGCUUCCGCUUCGGGCCCCUCACCCCAGAGCUGAUGGUGCCCCGACUGCAGCACGUCAUACAGGAGGAGGGGGUGGAGGUGACCGAGGAUGGGAUGAAGGCCCUGGUGACCCUCUCAAGUGGGGACAUGCGUAGAGCCCUCAACAUCCUGCAGAGCACCACCAUGGCCUUUGGGAAGGUGACAGAGGAGAACGUCUACACCUGCACGGGACACCCCCUCAAGUCUGACAUCACCAACAUCCUUGACUGGAUGCUGAACCAGGACUUUGCCACUGCCUAUCACAAAAUCAUGGAGCUGAAGACUCUGAAGGGUUUGGCCCUGCAGGACAUCCUCACUGAGAUCCACCUCUUUGUGCACAGAGUCGAUUUCCCCCCCUCAAUCCGCAUCCAGCUGCUGAUCAAAAUGGCAGAUAUAGAGUACCGGCUGGCUGCUGGCACCAGCGAGAAGAUUCAGCUCAGCUCCCUCAUUGCAGCUUUCCAAGUCACCAGGGACCUGAUUGUGGCUGAAGCCUGAAUCCCACGGAGUGGAUCCUUCCUUGCCAGGCAGGAGCUGGAUGGGAUCACUAACCCCAUGGCCUGGAGCUGCUCCCUGCACCUUCCCAGGUCUUCCUUUUUUUUUUUUUUUUUUUUUUUUUUGUAAGCCCUGAGCCUGCAGGCAGGGUGGGGGAGUCAGGCAGCAUUGUUUUUACACUUCAUCAGGAAAUAAAAAUGCCUCUGAAACCCAA